GGUUCGGGGGCAUUACAGUCUAUGUCCUCUGUUCAUCGGCUAGCCUCCGGAUCUCCUCGCGCUCCUCAGUCUCCAGCACCGGUUCAAUCUCCACCCUUGAAUCAACCUCGAGCAAGAGCUUCUGUGUCUGGUCACAGUUCUCAAGCUCAAAACGUAGAGGAUGAAGAAGAUGAAGAAGAUGACACUGAAGGUGAAUCGGAGGAAGAAGGUUUGAGGGAUUCAACUCUCCGGGAGGAUGUGCUCGCUAUAUUAAAUGAUCUCCUUUCCGUGCCAGGCCGUGAGCUCUAUACCACUGUCAUCUCUCCGACAUUGGAGCCUGGAACGACAUGGUAGGUUUCACGACUCUGCUUAGUUAGUAUAUAGGAAGAUGACAUGAUUAGAAUUGAAGAGGAAUGGUCCCGAGAAAGUCACACCAAUGCUAACUUAUUCUUGAAUGGUUCUAUAUACCAAGCUCCACAGCUUUAAAGUGUUUUUGCAGCUCCAGUUGUAAGUUAUUUCCUCUUUCUCUUAAAUACUAAAUGAAAGUUGUCUUCUUUA